AGAGUGCGCACUUGCCUUCGAAACUCUCCGUCCCUUCCCUCUUCGGCUGGUGGUGACUUUCUCCUCUUUGAAAACAAAGUCACACUCAAGAAAUCUUCUUCGCGACGCCAGUUUCUUUUUAAACUACCGCGUUUAACUCGUCUUUUUGAUAUACUCAAAACACAUCCUUCGCGUAAAAGUUAGCUUAGCAUGCGCAAGUCCUCGUGAAGAAACUCAGCUUGUCUCUGCAAAAAAAAAAAAAAAAAAAAAAAAGGCGUCAUGUUCAAAACUGUUGGCAAGAUGAGCGCGGACGAUGUUGCGUCAAGAUGUAUUGAGUUCGUCAAGGAUCAACUAUAUUUUGCCAUCCUCCAGCAAAAGAUCAAGAGCACAGCUGAAAGACACUGUUUCUGCAUAGAUGAAGAGCUCUCAUAUGAGAACUUCUAUGCGGACUUUGGUCCCCUUAAUCUGGCCAUGUUUUAUCGCUUCUGUUGCAAGCUGACGAAGAAGCUCAAGUCCAUAACACUCUCAAGGAAGAAGAUCAUAUUUUAUACGUGCGGGGAUCAGAAAAAACAAGCCAAUGCUGCCUACCUGAUCGGCUCAUAUGCAGUAAUGCAUCUCAAUAUGAUGCCAGAGGAGGCCUACAGUCUGCUGGUGUCCAGGAACUCAACGUAUAUUCCUUUCAGAGAUGCUUCAUUUGGAACCUGCAUGUACAAUCUGAACAUCCUCGAUUGCCUUCGUGGUGUUCACAAAGCUCUGCAGUACGGCUGGCUCGACUUCUCUAACUUUGAUGUGGAGGAAUAUGAGCACUACGAGAGAGCAGAAAAUGGAGACUUGAACUGGAUCAUUCCAGGAAAGUUCCUUGCUUUCAGCGGGCCUCAUCCAAAGAGCAAAAUAGAGAAUGGGUAUCCUUUGCAUGCGCCUGAGGCUUACAUCCCAUACUUCAGAAAACACAACAUCACCACGAUCAUCAGACUCAACAAGAAGAUGUACGACGCCAGGCGCUUCACAGACUCUGGCUUCGAGCAUCACGACCUGUUCUUUGUGGACGGGAGUACACCCAACGACUCCAUCGUCAGAAAGUUCCUCAACAUCUGUGAGAAUGCAGAAGGAGCCAUCGCUGUUCACUGCAAAGCUGGUCUGGGGAGGACUGGCACUCUGAUCGGCUGCUACAUGAUGAAACAUUACCGCCUGACCGCAGCAGAAGUCAUCGCAUGGAUACGGAUCUGCCGACCGGGGUCCAUCAUUGGGCCUCAGCAGAACUUCGUUGAAGAGAAGCAGAACGGCCUGUGGGCAGACGGAGAUGUUUUCCGAGAGAAGAUGUUAAACGAAAGAGAGAACGGCAAGAUGGCUGUAACCAGGAUACUGUCCGGAGUGGAUGACAUAACCAUCAACGGAAGCAACAAGAACAGGGCAUCCAAGAAGGAAGAAAUGGAACUGUACAAUGAUGAAGAGGAGAGAAACGGCCUCACGCAGGGUGAUAAACUACGAGCCCUUAAGAGCAAGAGGCAGUCCAGGUCGUCCUCGGGUUCAUUAUCACAAGAGGAGAAUAAGAUACACACCAGGUCAUCAUCACAGUCCCUGAGCAGGGUCAUCUUGCAGGCCAGUGUUCAGGGCUGUAAGACCAGCGUCGGCCCCUUGGCUCUCUCUGACCACUCAGACAGCAGGAAGAGGACCAGAACCUCAUUGCCAGCUAACGGUGUAGGAGGAAGCUCGCUGUGCCACACCAGACUGGUCAGGUCCCUAGGCAACUUGCAUGUCGCAGCUGGCGACAGAGACCCAAUGUGUUGUGAGCCCUGUGGCAGCCAUAGAGACACAGCCAGUGUCACACCCAGCACAGGCACUCUCAUCAACUUUAACAUGGCGCAGGUCCACCUGCAGACGCACUGUCUCCCGAGGACGUAAAGCUCGAAGCUCUUUGCAAUCAAUUAGAUUUUCCAGGCUAUGUCACUCCAUACCCAAAGCUAGAGCUCCUCUACUCCGAUGAGCCUGUGGAUCUGGAAAUACUGAGGAUAUCCGACUUCUAUACAGCUGUACUACUCUUUCGGUAGAUUUUUAAUUUCAAGAAAAAGGUUGGAGCAAACUUUAACCGACGUGAUGUGACAUGUAAUUCGUUUUUAGAUUAAUUCCAAGUUAUUUUACCAACGAGGCACUUUGGUUUUUGUACUUUAAAACACAGCAUCAUGAAACAAAACUGAUCGUUUUAAUCAUUGCCUGGUUGUUCCUACUUAUUGAAGCAUGCAGUAGCAAACAUCAGCUUAAACCACAACCAUCAGACCGGCAUGUGAAUGUGUGAAUCUGAGAGAUUCCCUCCAGAACGAGCACUGUGCAGCAGAUAUUUUUUUGGUUUGUAAGGCAGGAGGAGGCGUCGUUUAAGAUUUAUAGAUGGAGUUUGGACUUCAGACCUGCUCCUGUCCCUCCACUGCAGAAGCCACCAGGGCGCGCUUGCCUUGGGUACAGUUGAAAUAUCUGCAAUGAAAGACUGUUGGCCAGCGUUUCAUCACAUGAUGCAGAACUGUGCACAUUCAUACCUCCAUCCUCAGCAUCUGGCUUGUCUUAUUCCUGUCAUUUACCUGUGAAGCCUUUCAGCUCCUGUCUUUCCUGACUGUAAAUAUGUCGACAUUUGAUAUACUCUGUAUUUUGUAAAUAUUUUGUACUGUUAAAAUCAUGCUAUGAAAUAAGUGAACGGUCCUGACGGGGCCUUGUCUAACUCAUGAUCAUAAUCCACUAAAGAUCUUUGCUUGAAGCACAUAGAAGCAGCCUUUUUAAAUAAAUGUACUCCCAAGUA